AUACCUUGUAAGGAAACUUUUAAGUAACAGCCUGAGCCUAUGGAAAUUUGAAUGUGUAGUCGAAAGUUGGGACUUUUGAACUUUGAUGUCACCUCCUUCCUGGGACUUUCUUUAAACUCUAGCUCAAUCAGUAGCAUUUAUCAGAUUCUAACAACAUCAGGUCUCAGGACAUCAUGUCUUAGUGACUAAUACUGACCGAGCAAUUAAUGCAAAGGUACUGUUUUGUAUGUAUAAGCGCUGAUUUGUAUCAUUGCUGUUUCAUAUGCAUACGAUAGUCGUGUUCAAUUAAUGCAAAGGUGGAUAUUAUGUCAACAGAGAAAGUCGUGUUCAAUGUGCCCUCAAUGCUUUAGUAGUUUCCGCUGAUGAUUUUGCUUUCUUGCUAGUCAUGAUGCUUAACCUUUUAUUUGUUCUGACUGCACAAAAUAUAGGCUGGUAGCGGCGUCCGCCUGCGACGUGCUCGACGAGAAGCUUGAACUGCGAGUCCACACCAAGCCGGCCACGCCUACACCGCCGACCCGUUAGGAUGGAUGACCGUCAUUGGAUGUACACGGGCCGUCCAAGUCAGGCUACCAUGACCGAUGAAUGGAUUCGAAAGACCAAUGAUUUUUUGGAAGCCGCGUGGAGUCAGGCUGAAGGAUCGAGUUUCUUGUGGUGUCCGUGCAACAUAUGUGGAAAUAAGAAACGGAAAACGAAGAAGGUUAUGGGCCAACAUCUUUGCAAGUAUGGAUUUACGCCGGACUAUACCCGGUGGAUCUUUCAUGGUGAAGGCCACCGUAUGAGGGACGAGGUUGUGAGGCAACGCAUCGAUGAUUGUGAUGCUGAUGGUGGGGUUGGAGACAUGUUACAUGACUAUCAUGAAGCACAUUUCGGUGAACGACUGCAGGAGGAGGAGCCAGAGGCAUCCGCAAAGGUGUAUUUCGAGAUGUUGGAGGCUGCACAGAAACCACUUCACGGUCAUACAAAGGUUUCUCAGCUGGAUGGCAUCGGACGACUAAUGGCCUUGAAGUCUCAGUUUAGCCUGAGCCGAGACGCCUUCGACAGUCUGUUGACCGUGUUUGGAAGCAUGCUUCCAGAAAAUCACAUUAUGCCAAAGUCAAUGUAUCAGGCACAGAAAAUUCUCGGUGCACUUAAGAUGCCAUAUGAGCAGAUACAUUCUUGUCCAAAUGGGUGUAUCUUAUUUAGGAAGGAGCAUGAGAAAGCUGCUUACUGUCCGAAAUGUAAAGCCUCUAGGUUCCUCGAAGUGGACUCUGGUGAUGGUCAGCCUAAGAAGCAGCUCACGAUUCCCGUGAAAAUCCUACGCUACCUUCCUUUCAUUCCGAGGAUCCAACGACUAUUCAUGACCGAGGAAUCCGCGCAACAGAUGACCUGGCACAAGAAAGGUGUUCGAUACAACCCUGACAAGAUGGUGCAUCCAUCCGAUGGUGAGUCAUGGAAGAAUUUUGAUAGGAUUCAUCAUGACAAGGCUAAUGAAGCUCGUAAUGUACGUAUUGCGCUUGCAACAGAUGGGUUCAAUCCUUAUGGGAUGGUGGCCGCCUCGUACUCAUGCUGGCCUGUGUUUGUUAUCCCUCUGAAUCGCCCUCCAGGGGUCCUAUUUCAACGACAGUCCAUAUUCGUGUCGUUGAUUAUUCCAGAGCACCCGGGGAAUAAAAUGAGUGUUUACAUGGAGCCUCUGAUUGAUGAUUUGGUCAAGGCAUGGGACGAAGGGGUGUGGACCUAUGAUCGAGCAACAAAGACAAAUUUUAGAAUGUAUGUUUGGUACCAAUUCUCCCUGCAUGACUUACCCGCGUUAUUGAUUCGAAAUGCCAGGCGGGGGCAAGAUUGGUUUCCUGAGCGCCUUGUAUUGGAUGCUCGUGCAGGCGGGUGCCCACAAAGGAAGCCCAACGGCAUCCUGGGAACCCUAUGCAGGGAGCUCUUCCCUGGGCUGGUGAUGCAUGCCGGGAAUCUGGAGCCGGCAUACACGUGGGACCACUACAUCGCCGUCCCAGAUGCAGAAGAUCGGGAAGGGAGGUCCUUCGGCAACAAGGCGAGACGAGUGGUGGGAGAAUUUUGGGAUUUCUUCAGGUGCGAGCCAGGAUAUGAGGCCAUAGCGGCUUAG